GUAAAUUUGUUUAAGAAUAAAACAUACGAACCCGGCACGUAGCGCCGGAAAACCUCUAGUAUAUACCAAUAAAGGAGGCUUUGCUCCCUUCUCCUUGCGCCACGUCAGCAUGGAGGGAGGAGCAAUCGCCGACACGUGUCGCCCAGCCAGUCCCCGCGUCUUUCCCUUCUGUUCUGUGUCGUGUUCCUUUUCUGUUUUAUUAAGAACUGGGUUUUAAGUUAAUUGAAUUGGUUUGGCCCGUUAGACCCAAAGGUGUUUAGGGUUGGUCGUCGACUUCUUCUUCCAGAAGCAACCUCUCCGAUGUAUAACUCACGAAACCAAACCGUCGAUCCGAGCUCUGUAACGCCUCUCAAUCCAUAAAUCCUUUCUUUACUCUGAGUUUUCCUCAAUUAAUCCACUCCGCCCAUGUUAAUCAAACAAAAUACCUCUUCGUUUCCACCGUAACUGGUUCGAGCUUCCCCUAUAAAUGUCCCACUAAAACCUAUUUGUAUGUUUCCGGUUUGUCUUAAACUUAUCUGUCAAAUAUGGCUACUUCUCACAUCCAAAUCCAAUUUUCCGAGUUGAAGGACGGACGAUGCAAACAAAAGUUCAGAGCAGACACAUACAAUUUUGGGAAGCUGGGAAUUUUUAUAAAGGUGGGAGCUGAUGGGUGUCGAUAGCUAAUUGAUGCGAAGGCCACUCUCAUCCAAGGGUUAAUCCGACCUUCAAGUUUGCUGAUGCCCCAAUAUUUAUUAGAUUCUCGGAGCAGUCUGUUUUCUAUGAGGUAGCAGAAACGAAUGAGCCAAUCCAGAAGGAGAGUUUCAGGUUCCGAAAAUACGACGAGCUCAUGUCACUUGCCAACACCGACACCAAAACUUAUUUGCUAGAUAUCAUUUGUGAAGUACGAGGCAUCAAAACCAUUUACAACAAGGCUACACAUGGCACUCAACGCCUCAUGGCUACCAUUUAGCUUGAUAGGCAUUUCACAAAUCACCUUCUUCUUUGAGUGUUUAUGUUUAACAAAAAUGAGGCUUACUAUAUUCUCACACGAUGAUAUGCAUUUUAAUAACCAAUAUCAACCCAAAGUUAGUUGGUGGUAACUAACUUCUCUCUGUUACUCCUCAUAUUUGUUAAUUAAGCUCUUCCAUUCACACUGCUGCUACGUUCAAAACCUUUGUGGUCAUGUAGUCAUAGAAUAAGCUCACACCUGUUUAUAGUUGUAUCCAAUACUCUCAGUCAAAUAUAGAACUGCUACAAAAUUGCUUGAUCUUAUAUAUGGUCAAACUGAUCAUAUAUAUAUGUAUCAUAGGUUAUAUUGAGUUAGUGGAAUUUUUUUUUCUAUGCUUUAUUAUUGUUGAGAAAGAAAUAUUACACAACCAAAUUUUUUAUUUACUUUUUAGUCAACGAGAGAAUACGAUUGAUAUGGUUGUUUUACAUGAUUGUAUUGUAUAGCUAUCAUCCAGAGAAGUUAUAGUCAACGAGUGGUUUUUUUUGCGAUUGUAUAAAUGGUCUUUCGUUUUAUCCAUCUACUAUGUCAAAUUGUCCUAAAACGUCUAUUAAGUUGUCAACUUGCAUACGGAACUUAAAGAUUCACUGAUUUAAGAUGUUUUAUAUUUUGUCAUCAUGGCCAAGUCGGCUGUUUCUCAACGCAACUUUGGACAUUCAUUUCUAUUUUGACAACGACUGUGUAGCUAGCAUCAACUACCUGAAAAAGGUAUGUGGCUUUGACGAGGGAUCAUCCUCAGCUCCAACAAAGUAUAAUGGUGUUAAAAAGAUUGAAUCAAUUCCACUGUCCGAACUCAAUUCCCACGUCCUCACUGCAUCACCAGAGGCAGUAGAGUUCAUUUGCACAGCUGUUGUCAAUGGUAUUGAGACUGGAAAUGGGUGGUGCUAUAUUUCAUGCUCGAAAUACUACCGAAAGCUCAAACUUGGAAUCUCAGCUUUCACAUGCCAUGCAUAUCAAGAUGACAAUGCAAUGGGUAUUGUAAGUGAAAUGACCAGGCUUACAAAUGUCAAUGUCAUCCAUUCAAGUGUCAGUAGGCGUAUCUCAGCUAAUGAACGAGGGCGACCAAGACAUCCAAGAAUUAGCACUUCCCCAAAGCCUUCCAUCUCAACCUCUCCCAAUUCAACUUCUCAUCAAAACAUCAGAGCUCCACAGCGUCCCGCAUCUUUGAUCGCAACCAGCGCCCUCCUCUACCUAAUUUUGACGCCAACGUGUGUAUGACUGUUAUAAUAGGUUUAGCUGCUCUGCAAAGUUGUUGCUUCUUGACUGAGUUUUCGCUUUCACAUGGAGGGAAUAACAACCCAUGGAGGAAGAACCUAGCGCUAAGAAGAGCCGGACUGAGUUAAAUUUGUCCGACUGUCGCAGCUAUUUUGGCAAUGAGCCAUCCUUUGAUGAUUUCUGCAUUUCAAUGACUUCUACAAAUUCUAUUUGAGUUUUUUUUUGCACUAACCCUAAUAGAAUUUAUUUCAUGUAUUUUUCCCUUUAAAUAAUUUCAUAAUCGUUGCAAUGCAAGCAGCCUGGUCAAAAGGCUACACUAAGGUAAUA